CGACACCCUCAGUUCCCUGUUCCCUCUCAUCCUACCCUGUUCCCUGCGGCCUGAGCUCUGUCAGGCAGCGACAUUCAACGCUUCGCCAAGCGAAUUUUUGGAGAGAUUGACUCUCCAAAAAGUCAGUCUUUUAGUCUGCCGAAAGGCAAAGACUGACCGGGCUCUUCACCAACUGAGCCCUUGCGGGGAAUUGUCUUUGAAGAUCACUCGUGUCCUUUAUUGGAAGGCAAAAGUACUGUAUCUGGUUCGGAGACCUUCACUGCAGUAAAGAUUCUCCCUCCCUGGACUUGGUCCAGGGAGGGGGAACACAGUUGAUGCAGAGUCUAGAGGUGAGCUGAGACACUGCCACAACUUAUCCACCCACAACAUCCUUCAGAAUGGAUCCCAGAUUCCUGAAGAGAGAGGCGCUGGCUCGUCCUCUAAGGCCGAAAGAGCCUGAGAAGCCCAAGAAUUUUACCAUUUUUGACAUCAGGAACAUGGGUCUCAGGCUCAGGAAGAAGCCAGAGAGCCCUCAGGAGACAAAGUUGCCCAAGAUUGUCCAGCACCCAGGCACAAGUGAGAACUCCAAACGCAAGUUCUCAUUACCUGACCAGAAAAAGACCUUGCUUGAGCCUUUCCCAUCUGAGCUUGUGUUUCAAAACUAUCCCCUUGGCAAGAUCUGUGAAAUGCGCCUGCUUCUGAGGAAUAGAGGCAAGGUUAAUCGGCUGGUGAAGGUCAGCAUGGACAGCUCACCUUAUUUCAAGUUGGUCGGCCCCAAUGGUGUGUGCCAUCAGAUACCAGCAGGCUCAUUUUGCACUAUAAACAUCCUUUUCAUCCCUAAGGGGAGCAAGUCUCUUUUCCUGCAAGACCAUUUCCACGAGCUUGUCUGCAUCUGCGAAAGGGAAAAGUUCACUGUGCCAAUCCGGGCUGUUGGUGCCCGCCCAAUCUUGGACUUCCCUGACGAGCUGGACUUCUCAUCGUGUCCCGUCAACCACAGCACCCAGAAGACUCUGCUGGUUCGCAACACCGGGAACCUGGAAGCCUAUUACAACCUCAGCACUGAGAGCCCUUUCACUGUCAGUCCAGCCACGGGAAUCCUCGACAUUGGUGAAGCCAUGCAAGUGACAGUGGAAUAUCACCCAAGGGAGAUUGGGCAUCAUUCCACAUCCCUGGCAGUGCACUACGACGUAGUUGAUGAAGAUACCCACACCAGGCUUUUUGGAAAAGCUAAGGACUUCAACAUCGGGCUGGAGAAAUACUCUUUGGAAUUUGACAAGACUUAUCUCACACUGUCAAGCCAAAGAACCAUGGUCAUCCACAACAGAACUAACGUCACAGCCCGGUUCCAGUGGAAGGCUUUUGCUACCGAGGCAGAGGAGCAUCCACAGAAGAUCAGGCUGUCUCUCAAUCUGUCUCGGCCGCCCCUGGAGACAGCGAGGCUCUCCGUAGAGAAGCACUACGAGGAGCUUAGGCUUUACGACCGCAAGUUGGAGAAGGCGACAGCAGAGAUUGAAGCAGACCCCAUGCUGUUCUCAGACGAUGUUUUCACCAUUGAGCCCUUGGAGGGAGAGGUUGGACCACACUGCUCAGCUGAGAUCAAGGUGUUCUUUAAACCCCAAGAUGCCCAAGUCUAUAGAAAAAUGGCCUACUGUUUGAUCUCAGGCCGUGAGAGCAGGCUGCCCCUGUGCCUCACAGGGGAAGGCCUCGGGCCCUGCCUCCGUUUCAAGUUUGCGGAACUGGACAUGGGGAAAGUUUUGGCUGGAGAAGCCUACAGCUACGAGGCAAUCCUGAUUAACACAGGAGCUAUCAAUGCUCCCUUCCGGCUCAUCCCUCCAACCACAGUCCACGGCUCCUGCUUCACCUUUCAGCCCCAGCAGGGCAUUAUUCCACGCAAUGGGAUCCUGCCCAUCCAGAUCUUCUUCAGUUCCAGCACCCUGGGGGAGUUCGAGGAAGAGUUCCAUUUCAAUGUGGCUGAAUGCCCUAAGCCUGUGACCUUGAGUAUCAGGGGCCACGUCACCGGACUGAGCCUGCAUUUCAGCACAACUGGCCUUGACUUCAAUGACGUGUCCUUUGGCUUUCCUCAGACCUUGUCGUGCCACCUGAUCAACACCUCUGUGGUGCCCAUCACCUUCCAUCUUCGCAUUCCUGAGGACGGCCAGGGACAGCCCAGCCUUACCAGCUUUGACCAAGUGAAAUACAACACUCACCCCUCCUGGGAAAAAGGCACACUGGCUCCAUGUCAGGAGAAGCCAAUGGAGUUCACUAUAACACCCAGCAAAGGGACUAUCCCUGCCCAGGGAUUCCAGGAGAUCAGGGUCACGCUGUGUUCCAAUGACGUGGGACAAUAUGACUGUGAUAUGGUGGUGGACGUGGAUGGUUUUGGCAAGGAGGUGUUGGCUCUGCGCCUCAAAGCCAGAUGUGUCGUUCCUGAGCUGCAUUUGCUCUCCUCCAUCCUCGACUGUGGACCGUGCUCUGCAAAGGUCCCUUGCCAGAAGACGCUGACCCUUGUGAACCCGAGCCCCCUUCCAGGAUGCUACAGAAUUCUCCCUCAGAGAAACCAAGAGGCCGCUGCUCUGUGGUACUCCAGCCCCAAACCAUGUGGGAUUAUCCAAGGUCACGACGAGGUGGAGAUCCCAAUUACAGCUGAAGUCCAGGCGGUGGGUGCUCAUUCCAUCCCGGUGGAUAUCGCCGUGUUCGGGAAGGAGAGAUCCCCACUGCAAAUGAGUUUAAUGUGCACUGGAAAGAUACCGCUUGUCUAUCCAAGUGUGAAUAAGAUAAACUUCGGCAAGAUCCAAGUGAUAAAAAACACUUCCCAAACUCUCCAGCUGUGCAAUCAGGAUCUCAUCCCCGCAGCCUUCAGAGCAGAGAUCGGUGACAGAUGCUUGAGUAUUGAACCCAGGGAAGGAGUGGUCCCUGCCCAGGCUGAGGUUCCUGUGGUUGUCACGGCAAACCUGGAUGAAACAGGAAGAUUUGAAGGCAGUAUGAAGCUGUUCAUUGAGAACAGCCUUACCAGUGUCAUCCCCAUCCAGGCUGUGGGCAUUGGCACCACAAUUACCAUUGACAAACCGUUUGCACCGAAGCUGAAUUUGGAACCCCAGUUCAACCUCGUUCCCUGCAUUUUACGGUUCAAAGUAACAAACAAGGGGCGUCAGUUCCAGCGGCUGUACUGGGGCACAGAAGGUUUCAGCACCUUUCGACAGCGUCAUCCUCUCCCUGCCCUCAGUGUCACCAAGGGCAAAAAUGAUUCCCAGAGACCCACCACCCCUGUAUUUAAGCUGCGGCCACGGAGUAUGGAUCUGCAGCCAGGCGAGACUAUGGAGCUGGUGGUGGAAGGCUUCUCCAGCAUUGUCCAGGACGUGGAGGAGAAACUUGUGUGUGAGGCAAUUGUGAAGCCAGAGAUAACAGAGAAGGAGAUAAUCAAGACAAAGAUCACCUGCAAGUUCAUUUCUCCCUCUGUGCAAAUAUCAUCCAGAGCAAUCACUUUCCAUGUGGAGAAGUACCCCGAUGAUGUCCUGGCUCUUCAAUACAAGCCUCUGUCUUUAAAAAACACCUGCUGCCUGCCAUUCCACCUUUUGAUGGACUUGGAGCAGCCAUUCCUAAUCUGUGAUGCAAACCAGCAGCCCCUCCCUACAGGGGCCCAGCCUGUGAAGAUGGAGGCAGGGCAGGAACUUCAUCUCUACGUCAGCUUUAACCCAGCUUAUAAAAAGGAUCCGAUCAGCUGGGCAGCAGAGAAGACUAUGAAGAUCCGGCUUGUGGAACAUCCUUAUGAGGAAGAGAUCACCGUUCAGGGAGAGGUCUACUUCCCGAGUCUCCAUAUCCCGACCAAAGCGUUGGACUUUGGUUGCAUCGUGGCUGGCACAGAGCAAGUGCGUUACCUGGAGAUGACCAACUGCAGCCUCAUUCCUGCCCAGUACCACUGGUCAUUCCAGGUGGACAGCAUGAAGUACCCAACAGGGUUCAUACCUUCCCCGCCUACACUGAAACCCCAACCACAAAUGGCCAGGUUCGGCUGUGUUGAGUGUGGGCGUUAUUCAAGGAGAUACUUCAGGCCUGGAAGUGUGCAGAAGCCAGCCAAAGCCCCGGAAGCAGCGCAGGACUCUUCCCAACAGUCAGCACACUGCCAGGAAACAGAAAAGGGUUGUUCCCAACAGACAUCAAAGAACAGCGUGGAAGAUUCUUCUGAAGAGUCAUCAGAUUCAGAGGACUCCUUGGAAACAGAGCGAGAUUCUUCACUACAGUCAUCAGAUUCAGAGAACUGCGUGGAAACAGAAGAUGAUUCUUCUGAAGAGUCAUCAGAUUCAGAGGACUCCCUGGAAACAGAAGACUAUUCUCCUAAACAGUCAUCACCAGAGAAGUCCCUGGAAACAAAGCAGGACUCUUGCCAAAAAUCAUCACAUUCAGAAGACUCCCCGGAAGCAAAGGUGCCACCAUCCACUGCUGCAGGGCCUCAGAGCUCAGCAGAGACGGAGGAGUCUGCGCAGUCAGAGGAGGCAAAGCCCCCUGGCUUCAGAACGGAGGAGGUUUUCAGUGUCCAGCCGGUGUCUGGUGUGCUGCAGCCGGGCAAGAGCCAGCUGGUGCCCUUCACCUUCUUUGGCCACACCGACAUCAUCGCCCAUGUCACGGCGCUGUGCCAGGUGGAGGGAGGCCCGACCUACAAGGUGGAGCUGAGGGGGGAGACUUCAGUCCUCACCUACCACCUGAGCGUCAAGGAGAUCAACUUUGGGCUGCAGCUCUUUAAUGAAGUCCUUAAAGCAGAGGUCACCCUGCAGAACGACGGGAAGAUCGAAUUCACCUACGUGGUACAGAGCCCCAGCACUGGCACUGCAGACAAGCCUCUGCCUGGUGUGCUUGCGGUCCUGCCCAACACAGCUUCCAUUGAACCUGGCAAGGAGCAAGUGCUGAAGCUCUAUUACCUGCCAGGAGUGCCAGGAGUCUUCUGCAGGACUUUCCAGAUUCAAGUGGGUCACCUGAAACCGGCAGAGAUCUCCCUGAAAGGACAGGCAGUCUUUACCGGGAUCUGUCUGGACCUGCCCUGGAGCAUCGAAGGAAGUGAAAAAUACAAGAGGCUAUUGAAACACGCAAAAGAAAAGCUGAAAAAAGACAAGCAGGACAAGAAAGCAAGUGUUUGGAUGAAGGCUCGAAUCAGGAAUCAACAUGUGAAGGGCCCUGACAUUGUGGCAAACACGUGGCUGAGGAUGCUGAUGGACCAGAUGCUGAUAAAGAAAGAUGCUCUGGAGCUGCAACCAACCCUCAUCUCCCACCCCCCAGAGGAGACUGUCUUUGACAAGAGCAUUCCUCAGAAGCUUGUCAAAGUUGAGCUGCCUGAGUACAUCCUGGACGUGGGCACUGUCGUUCAGGGUUUCAGUAAAAUCUGCACCGUGAACAUGACCAACACCUGGAUCUACCCAGUGACCGUCCGGGCCAAUGAACGUGCCCUGCGUGACACAGGUUUCAGCGUAUACCUGGAUCCCAUGGAGUCCCUGAUCAACGGUGACACCAAACCAUUUCAAGUGAACUUUUCAAGUGCCAACCUGCCCGUGGGAAAGGUGGAUGUGCUCCUGCCCAUCAAGGUAGAGAAAGGCCCCACGCUGCACAUCCGCCUCCGUGCCACUGUGAUUCAGCUGCUGCUCAGCCUCUCCAAGGACAGACUCCAGUUCCCCGAUGUCCAGGUUGGGCAGUGCUGGUAUGAAACAGUCCGGCUCUACAACCCGUUCAACGCGCCCUGUGAAUGGUUCCUCACAGUCAACAAACCUGCCAAGAAGGUGAACAAAUGUUUGAAACCGGCUGUGCAUCAGAAGGAGCUCCAGGCUGUGAAGGACGAUUCCCAUGUCUUUCAGUGGAAGGCCCAGGAGGGAACCCUUUAUGGUAGAGAGUGGUGUGACUUGGAGAUCCAAUUUUCCCCCCUGGAAGAGAAGUCCUACAAAACGGAGCUGAAGAUCAACGUUCGUGGGAGCAGCCAGCUCCUCGUGCUGCACAUCUCAGGACAGGGUCUGGAGCCACGACUGGAGUUCAGCCCCACAGAGAUCAAGCUGGGGGCAGUGUUACCGUGCAGCCCUGAGCUGGAAAGGACAGUGGUGGUGAAGAACCCCUGCGAGUUCCCCAUUGAAUUUUACUCGCUGGAGUUUGACGAGGAGUACCGUGAGGAGGAGAAGAUCCUGCGGACGCUGGAGGAGUUUGGAGACCAGGCAGCCGUGGUGAUGCCUCCACGUGCUGUGGGUGAGAAGCUGCCUCCAGAGGUCCUGGAAUAUUAUGAAAAAUGGAAGAAGAUGGAAGCUCUGGGUCAAGAAAUUACGUCCAAGCGCAAGGAAGAAUCAGGCGAGGACAAUGCAGCGCUUCAAGAGAGCAUCGGGUUGUUAAAGGACAUGGUGGAUGAGUCUGACAGGCCCAUCCAUCAGGCCAUCAGGCGCUACACCAAUCCUGUUGUAGAAGAGGUCAAAGCCCAAAUGCCCAGAGGGAUUGUCAUCAUCGUCUAUGGGACACCCCGGACAGGAAAGACAAGGGUGGCAGCCACACUGUCCAAGUAUUACGGUGUCACCCGCUUGUCCCUGGACCGGGUAGUGAUAAAAGCCAUGUCGGACGAGCGCAGCUCGGCGGGGCGCCGUGCCCGGGAGCUGUGCAUCGAGGCUGCCCGUCAGCGAAGAGCCAUGAGGGAACAGAUGCCAGGUAAAAAGGGUGCUGAGGCCAAGAAAACCCAGCCCAGCCCUGGGGACAAAACCAGCAAGAAGACCCUCAGUGUCGGACACCAGGGCCCUUCAGCAACCAAGGAUAAGGCAUCUGACAAACCCCAGAUGGCAGCCAUUUCCUGUGCCACUGCUCCUGCACCACAGCGACUGAACAUCUUCACCAGGACCGGGAGAAAGGAGAAAAAGUGGAAGUGUUGGAGCUGUGUGCUGCCCAAGGAAUUGCUAGUGGAAAUCAUCUCUGAACGGCUGCAGCUGAAUGACUGCUACAAGGGAGUGGUGUUUGAUGGCCUGGAGACUCUCUUUGCGAGCAGCCUGGCAUCUUCUCUCCUGUGCGUGCUCAAAGCUGUCAGCAAUCGCCCGCAUAUCCAUGUUGUGAACAUCUUCCAGGAUGCUGAGUUUUGGAAAAGCAGGCGGAUGGCUGCAAUAGAGAAGAAGGCAGCUAAAAAACAGCAGAAAGCACGGGAGAAGGAAGAAGCUGCCCGGAGAAAGGAGAAACGUAUCUGGGAUGUGGAUGUGGACGAGUAUGAAGCCCUCACUGAGAAGCAGAAAGCUCUGCUUGAUUACAAAAUAGAACAAAUCAAGCGUGAGCGGAGAGAGAGAAGAGAGCAGGAGCGACGGGCUCGAGAGGAGGAGGAGGAAAGGAAAAAGGCAUUGUCAAAAGCCUCAAAGAAGCAGAAAAAAACCAAAAGCCCAGAGGUCCAGCAGAAGAACAAAAAACCAGCUGCAAAACAACAGCAGCAAAAAAGCAAAAGCCCAGACGUCCGUAAGGGGAAAACAACAGCUGCAAAACAACAGCAGCAAGAAACGAAAAGCCCAGACGUCCGUAAGGGGAAAACAACAGCUGCAAAACAACAGCAGCAAAAAAGCAAAACCCCAGACGUCCGUAAGGGGAAAACAGCAGCUGCAAAACAACAGCAGCAGGAAACUAAAAUCCCAGAGGUCCCAAGUAAGCGGGACAGGAUCUUGGACCUGAGAUUUAACAUCUAUGAGUCUGCACAGAAGGAAAUCAGACAUAUUCUGUCAUCCUGGGACAGGGUUCAGGGUAUCAUGAACAAGUCCCAGUCUUCCCCUAAACACAAAGGUGAGAAGAAGUCUGUGGAAGAACAUGGCAGCCACAAGAGUAUUCAGCAGGAAGGCUCAGUCAGAAGCCAGGGUACCGGAGUGCCCUGCUUGGACUUCCACAUCACGCGUCGUGAAAACGUGAUUGAGAAGAUCAUGAAGAGCAAGAAGCUGCCACCAGCAAAGCAGAUUCUGUACUCUCUGGGACUGGGUCCCUUAGGGCCUCCCAUUCUCCCAGGCUUUCUUUUCUCUGUGGUCCCCUACCCAGAGGAGGACAGGGUCCCCGCAGCAGCAGAAGACCUCAGUCACUUCAUCCUUGUUGAACCUGAAGGUGCUGCUGCAGAAGAUGAUGUGGCCCCAGAGGCAGAGGACCACUUGAAGGAGGGGGAAGACACAAGCAGACACAACUCUACCCAGGAAAAGCGGAACUCUCCCCAGAGCCCGAAAAGUCUCCAGGAUCACUCCCCAGAAACACCCAGAGGUUCGCCUGAGUCAAGGAAAAGCGAACUGCAGAGUGACUCAACCCUCAAGAGACCUAGCAGGCUAAGAAGGUUCCGGUGGAUCGUUCCUGCCCACGGCAAGGUGGAACUGAAGAUCCGCUUCAGCACCACAGUGCCAGGGCAGUUUGAUCAGAUGAUGAAUUUUGAGAUCCUGGGGUCAAAGCGCCUGUACCAGUUGCCCUGCAGUGCCACUGCCCUGUACCCCAGCAUCAGCCAGAACCCACGACUGGUGUUUCCUCACUGGAGGAAGAGCAAGGAGAAGGAGGACAUCAUCUCCAAGGAGUACGUCUUGAGCACAAAGCAGUUCUACUUUGGACCGCUGCUUUGUGGGAAGUCAAGAGAGUGGUACAAGGCACAGAACUGCCCCGACAACAGUGAAAAAUUAACGAUCCUCAACGACUCCCCCAUGGAGGCAGAGGUCCAUUUCUCCUUUGAGAAUGACAGCAAAGGAGAGACAUUCCUUUUGGACCCUCCCAGCAUGAGGCUGCAGCCUAAAGAGAAGAAGAAGCUGAGUAUUUGGGCAUACCCGACUUCCACUGGCCUCAUGCAAGACAGUCUCAUCUGCCGCGUCAAGGACAACGCGGAGCCAGUGGUGUUCCGACUGUGCUGCGAAGGGGUGCAUGUGAAGUUGGGGGUCAGCCCCCAGGAGCUCCAUUUCAACAAGCUUCUUCUGCACAGGACUGACACCCAGACCCUGGUCCUCAGAAAUGACAGCCCACUGCCCAUGGCAUGGCAUCUGAGUGGGUUGGAGGACCUUGGAGAAGAUUUUUCUGUGUCACAAGGCAGGGGCAUUGUUGGGCCCCGGACAGACUUCGAAGUUAAACUGAAUUUUAAGGCUGAGAAGACUGGCAUCAUAAAUAAGAUGAUCCGAGUGGAGGUUUCAGAUACAGAAAACAUCCUGGGCAUUGUUCAUGCGGAAACCAUCAAAGUCUCUGUGGAGGUCUAUGAUGUUAAUCUGAGCAUCAACAUGCCUGAAGGUCCAGAUGGCAGUGUGGAUUUUGGAACCAUUAAUGUCUUCGAUAAUAAGAAGGAAGUCCUCAGUCUUAAGAACAAAGGCUUAUAUGACAUUGAGUACAAUUUCAAGCUGACAACUGGAAGUUCCAAAAAGGGCAACUUGAAAUCUCAUUUCACUGUCCAGCCACAGAAGGGUGUGCUGAAAGCCUCCAAGCCACCUGUGAAAGUUGAGAUCCUCUUCCACCCGAUGACUGAAAUGCUUCUCAAGACCAAACCCAUCCUGCUCUGCCAGGUCUUUGAUCCCCAAGUGGGUAAAGGAGGUGAGAUCGUUGCCACCAUCCCAGUGAGGGUGUCGGCGAGAGCAGUGUACAGCAAGUACAGCAUCGAGCCUGCCUCGCCCAUCGACUUCGGUACCAUGAUUAAGGGCACCAAGAAGACCCAGGUCUUAAUUGUAGAGAACAAAGGCGCCCUCAACUUCAAAUUCUUCAUCCACCAAGCACCUCCACUGCAAAGUUCACAGCAAGAGGAAUCUGCCCCCCCGGUCAGGGAAAAAACGCACUCGACACAGGCUCAGCUCACUGUAGGCAUGUUCACCGUGUCCCCUUGCUCCGGCUCCAUCGGUCCUUGGGGCAAGCAAAACAUCACAGUGGAUUGCAACGCAGGAGCAGAGGGGAAAUGCGAGGAGCACCUGUACAUUGACAUCAGCAACAGAGACCCCAAGGACAAUCCCCUCGGCGUUCCCUUUACCCUAACUGCCGAGUCCUGCUUCCCAGCGCUUGUUGAAGAUGUCACAUCAAUCUUUGAGAAGUACCCGAUCCACAGCAACGUCAAUCUCCACCAGACGUUACAGUCAGUGCAAGGCAACGGUGUGUUCAUCCGAGAGGAUAACACAUUCAUCUUCACCAAAGUUCUGGUUGGGCAACGGGCCACAGCUCACUUCAAGAUCUCUAAUGCCAGCUGUAUACCAUGUAAUGUGGUCCUCUCCAUCAAAGCCUUGCCUGGAGAGCCUCACAGCCUCAUCAGCAACAUCUUCAAGUUGGAUCCUGUUGAGAUGAAGAUUCCUGGCUUGUCUCAUGCCUUUGCUACAGUGACCUUCACCCCAGAAGAAAAGGAGGACUACCACUGUACUUUCACAGCUUCCGUUGUUAUCCCAAAAGGCAGCUCUGUGAAUACAAAACCCCAACAGCUGACCUUCACUAUCAGUGGAGAGGGGCAGGUGCCUCAGGUGACAGUCGAGUGCCCGGGCCUUCGGAGCAAGAGAGGAAACCCUGUGCUGCGCUUCAGGAGGCUCCUGCUGGGGGAUUCACAGACACUGCCCCUGGUCCUUCGUAACGAUGGCGUCAUACCCACAGAGUUUGCAGUUCAUAUCGUGGAUGACAAGAGAGUUUUCUUUAUGGAAGGCACGCAGUCCGCACUCCGUGCCUUCCACAUUGGAGACAUGGAAGAGGACUCUACUGGAAAAGCCAAGAAGCAUCCCAAGAAGCCUUACAUGCUCCUGGAAUACGGGCAAUCAGCAGAGUUUGAUGUGUUUUUCAAACCCACCCUGGCCCAACGUCUGGAAGGGAAGAUCCGUGUGCCACUGUCAGGCAACAAUGAGAUCAACAUAGAGCUGGUGGGUGAAGGCUACGACGAUGACUUCACCUUUGAUAACCUCCCUGGACUAGCAGAAGACAAUGCUGAGGGCAGUCUGGAGGAGGACAUCAUUGAGGCUAUCAGAGCAAAUCACAUUGAGUUCGGGGACUGUGCAGUCAGGGAGCUCCACGAGAAGACCUUCACAGUCACCAACCGCAGCAAGGAGGUGAUGCGGUUUGAGUGGCUGCUGGCAGACGCCCUAUUCCAGUUCUCCCCCAAGGUGGGACACCUCCAGCCUGGCUGUGCCAAGGAUAUCAGAGUGACCUUGAAAUCCAAAGUCCCAGUCACUAUCAAAAGGCACUCUGUGAACUGUAAGGUAGACAAGAUCAAAUACCAGCUGCCACCAGAAGAGGUUUACAACUGGGAUGAUGGAAUGUAUACUGAGAAGUGGGAGGACACCACUGAGAAAUUACCAGGAGCCCGCUGGCCUAUCAAGGAGAAGGUGGCGAAGGCAGUCCCGGAACCACCUCACACCGUCCUGGAGAAGAGCAGCCGCGAGGUUGAGCUUUUCCUCAGUGCUCAGGUUGACUAUGCCAAGUUCAAACUGGACACGGUCGAGGUUCACCUGAAGCAGACUGAGCCCUUCCAGACAGAUAUAAGCACUUUCCAGAUGUCCAAUACAGGCAAAGUAGCCCUGAAAUACUCCUGGGAGGUGGAUCUGGAGGAGGAAAGACGACCAAAGAGUUCUGGAAAGCCGUUCUCGGUUACUCUGAUGCGUUAUUUCUUGUCCUCUGAUACUGUGGAUCACUGGCUUGAGCAUCGUCCAAGUCGGGUGCACUGGGCAUCGCCGCUCGAGUCAACUCGGCCCCUGUCAAGUCGGCCCCACUCUACUCAGCCCACGCCAAGUCGGCGCCGUUCAAGCCAGAUGACCUGCCUUUCAAAGCACGUUAGUUCCUCUAUGGAAUUGUAUCCAGAUGACUUAGAUGACCCACCACUGUUCUCCAUUGAGCCUGACUGUGGUACUAUCCCUGCUGGACAAAAUCAGAUUUUCCACGUGAAAUUCUGCCCGACGAGUGUGGGGGAAUUUAAGGCCAACAUGCUGUGCAGCAUUCCUAACCUGAAGCCAUCUCAGAAGAGCCCAUCGGUGUAUGUGACGGGGAAAGGCUAUUUGCGGAAGGCUAAUCUGAAACGCUCUACAUCACUGGAAAAAGGUGAAACCCAGAGCAGCAAACCGAAGAAGAAGGUGCCACGGUCAGCAAAACCAGAGUGACACCAUUUGUGUCAUAGCUUCUGCUGCUCAUGGUUUCCCAGCCUUCACCAGAGGCCUCCCCAUCUGCUCUUCAACCCCCAACACCUCAUCCACGUACUACCGAAUAAACUCUGUCUCAACCCACAAGUUUUCACACUGUUA